AAAUGCUCUGUGCGUAUAAAUAACAUUUCACCGUUUGCCCUCUUCUUCGCCUCCUCUCUCUCUCUCUCUCUGUUCAGUAACUUGCAACACAAGGUUCCAUCAUCCAUGGCAAAAGCAGCCAUCUCAAAUAUGGCCGGAGCGGCUGCCAUCCUCCUCGUCCUGGUGACGGUUCCGGCCACCAUGGCAGAGACAUACCUGGUCGGCGAUAGUUCUGGAUGGAUCCAAGGUUUUGAUUAUACAGCUUGGACUAGAGGAAAGACUUUCAAAGUUGGCGACGUUCUUGAAUUCAAGUACCGGUCGUCGCAUACGGUGGAUGUGGUGAACAAAGACAGCUACGACAACUGCGACACGAGCAAUCUCUUAGAGAAAUUCUCUGGCGGAGACACCAAGUAUACACUGAACGCGACCGGAGCUAUCUACUUCAUCUGUGCGACACCUGGCCACUGUCAAGCUGGCAUGAAGCUCGCCGUCAACGUCCAACCCUCCGCCGGUCCUCCUACCGGAAGUCCGUCUCCGCCGGCGUCGCCCAGGUCACCGUCGGCACCGAGUGCGGCGGCUCGGGGAGUCAUGGGCUAUGCCAUGAUGGGUGCUUCGAUGGCGUUGGGCUAUGGGGCUUGGAUCAUGGGCUAGGCUGGAGGCAGUGCUUCGCUGUUGGGUUUUUGUUGUGUGUGAAUGUGUGUUUUGAGAGAAGGGGUGCGCCACGUCAGCUCCUCUUAGGGUUUUAUUUAUUUUUAUUUUGUAAUUUUAGUGUUAUGAUUUCCAUCAUGACCUGUUCUCGCGGAAUAAAAAAUGGUACUUGAUUUUCUA